GAGCGGUCAACGUAUUCGCCGCCUCUCUGGGCACCGUCCUGGGCGGCUGUCUGACGUCACGGCUCAAACUGUCCCCCGUAUCCUGCCUUAAGUUCAUCAUCACCUCCAUGCUAGUGUCCACGGCGAUCAUUUCACUCGGCUUUUGGCUGGGAUGUGACCAGCCUGUCAUAAACAUGGGACAGACAGAGCAAAGCUCGGGAGAUGUGUCACCCAACAUGUGCACCGAAGACUGUUUCUGCGACGAAAAGAACUAUUUCCCAACAUGCGGGGCUGACGGCCGGAACUACUUUUCCCCCUGCCACGCAGGGUGUUCUUCUAUGGACGGCGCAAUGACAUUCACCAACUGCAGCUGUCUAUCUGAGAACGUGACGGAGUCGCAAAGUGGGCGUGCCCAAGCCGGGCUGUGUGAGCCGGAGUGUAACACACUCUACCCCUACACCAUCGUGACGUUCCUGGGCGCCUUCGCCACCACCACAGUCAUCAUGCCUGGGUUCAUAGUCACAGUCAGGAGUGUCACAGAAGCUGAUAAACCUCUAGCAAUAGGACUUUCAGCGUUUGGGGGCACACUUAUAGGUGAGCAAAGGAUCUAA